UUGAGGUGUUUUUAGAAGUAGACCUUCAACUUUGGAAAUGCGUCUCCCCUCCUCCCCCCAAGUUCUGGGGGGGCCAUAGGCCCACUCAACCCCAGCAGGCCACUCUGCCCGUGCUGGUGGGUCCCCACCUUUUGCUCCUCCCCUUCCCCAACAGCCUGCGGGGAGGGGAGACUGUUGCCAGACCAGGCUGGGCUGACCGAGGAGUCUCUCUGCGGCCCGGCAUGGGGAGCCUGGCUGGAUAUGCUGCUGCCCUUGUCCUUGCCUUCCUGCAGCCGGGAAAUGCCUUCUGGCUUCUCAAUGUGCUCUUCCCACCCGGCACGACCCCAGAAGCGGCCUCUUCCAACAGCAUGCCUCCUGUGGUGCUUGUGCCCGGGUGCCUUGGGAAUCAGCUGGAGGCCAAGCUGGACAAGCCAGACGUGGUGAACUGGCUGUGUUAUCGCAAAACCGACGAUUACUUUACCAUCUGGCUGAACCUCAACAUGUUCCUGCCUUUUGGGGUGGACUGUUGGAUAGACAACACAAGAGUGAUUUACAAUAAAACCACCCGGAGGAUAACCAGUGCCCCCGGAGUCCACAUCAGAGUUCCUGGGUUUGGCCAAACCUUCUCCGUGGAAUACCUGGACAACAGCAAAUUGGCCGGCUAUAUGCACACCCUGGUGCAGCACCUGGUCAACAAUGGCUAUGUUCGUGAUCAGACAGUGAGAGCUGCCCCAUAUGAUUGGAGGCUUGGGCCCAUGGAGCAAGAGGACUACUACCGCAAGCUGCGAGCCCUCAUUGAGGAGAUGUUCGAAGCCUACCAGAAGCCGGUUUUCCUCAUUGGCCACAGCCUGGGCAACCUGCACGUCCUGUACUUCCUGGUCCAGCAGCCACAGGCCUGGAAGGACCGCUUUAUUCAGGGCUUCAUUUCCCUGGGAGCCCCCUGGGGGGGCGUGGUGAAGCCCAUGCGGGCCCUCGCUUCCGGUGACCAUCAGGGCAUUCCUGUUGUAACUAGCAUUAAACUGCGAGAGGAAAAGCGCAUGUCAACGAGCAGUCCCUGGCUGUUCCCCACACGCACGGCCUGGCCUGAGACACACGUCUUCAUCUCCACCCCCUUCCACAACUAUACCUACCGGGACUACCAACAGUUCUUCACUGAUAUCAACUUUGAAGAUGGCUGGUACAUGUGGAACAACAGCAAGGAACUGCUGGAAGGGCUGCCCCCCCCAGGGGUGGAGGUCUACUGCCUGUUUGGCACCGGAUACCCCACUCCAGUGACCUACAUUUAUGACGACCGCUUCCCCUUCGAGGACCCGGUGGAUACUGUGUAUGGGGACGGGGACGACAUGGUGAACAGGCAUAACAUAGAGCUGUGCAAGCAGUGGCGCCACCAACAGAACAAGAAGGUCCAUGCCCUGGAGUUGCCCGGCACUGCGCAUCUCAACAUGAUUUUUGACAAUCACACCCUACAAUACAUCAGCGAAAUCCUGUUCGGGAACCUGGAGAAUGUGACUGCUGCAGAAGACCUGGGGGAAACAGCCCCCUGAAGCCCCAAGGGAAGGGAAGUCCUCCCCCACUGAGGAACUGGCUUUUCAUUCUUCUGCUAGUGUGGGGAGGAAACAUGAAAGCUCACAUGUGGCCACAGCUCUGCAGCCUUCCCUGUUCUGAAAAGACUCGAGGGAGCUGCCCACAUCAAUGCUGGUGCCACAGUGUUUUGUUGCCGAUAGGAUAGUUCCCGUUUCCCCACCAUAUUUUUCCUGAGACCAUGCCAACCAGCCCAGAGUUGCAUUUACUGCUUGUAGGCUUCUGCAAAGCAGCGGUGACUUUUCAGAAAUUGUAACAGUAUGUGGGAAAGACCUUGGGAGACUGGACCAAGAGACGCUGCUGAGGGAACAGUCAGAUAAGACAGCAUAGUGUGCAUCUGGAAGUUGUACUUUCAGACUUGCAAGAUUCUGUUAAUGUAGCUUUACAAUAAAGUCGAAUUAGCUUA